UACAAUCCCCAAAGUAAAAGUUUGAGAGAUACAUAAAGAACUAGUCUUUUUCCCAUGUAGAAUAUUACUUUGUUCAAUAUUUUUCAUUUCUUUGUUUGUCAUGCAUUGUUUAUAUUCAGCAAUUACAUUCCAAUUUUGAAUCUUUAUCCACAAUGGAAGACCCAGAAACAGAUCGUAGCCACCAUGAAUCCGUUCCUUCUUCUUCUUCGUCUUCUUCUUCUUCUUCUUCAUCAUCUACCUCACAGGCCCAAGAACAAACAGAGCAGCAACCAGAGCAGAGAAGUUCAACUAGGGCUUUCUCUUACCGUGUCAAUGUAUUGAUAGCUGAUGUAGCAGCAUUUGACAUGAAGGACGAUCUUUGGUCUGGCUUUAUUGUGCUCGUCACCUUUUGGUUCUUUGCAUCCAUGACUUUGAUUCUUGGUUUCUUUGGAUCCGCUGAUUUACAACUGGGCCCGAAUUGCUCACGUCUCAUACGAACUAAUCCAUUCUUUGUUCAGACCAUUAAGGCACAGGAACUUCAGGGUACAAAACCUGGGUCAAUUUUAUAUGGAUUCCACACACCUCCUCCUCUGGAUGUUGAAACAGCUUGGACUGAAACACAUCAUACACUUGUGCACCCUACUUAUCACAAGGAAUGGAUUUACUUUCUAAACAAAGGGUCUAGAAUAGAUAUAUAUUACCAUGUCAAACCUUCAAGUUCCUCGCCUUUAACACUUGUAAUUGCAGAAGGUAGAGAAAGCCUGGUUGAAUGGAUAGAGGAUCCAUCAUAUGGUAAUGCAACAUUGUCUUGGAAUAUAAUUUAUGGAAGUGGUAAGAUCCAACAGGUAAUUUCAGAGUCUUCGAAUUAUUAUAUUGCAGUAGGGAACUUGAACCCUGAGGAUGUUGAGGUAGAGUUGGAAUUCAACAUAAAGUCCACUCUUUAUAACACGGCCCAGGCGUAUUACAGGUGCUCCAUACAUAAUCAAUACUGUAGCUUAAAGCUUUCCCUCUUAGGGGCAACUUUUGCUGUCUUAACUUCUCCAGGUCCUGAAGAGGGUAUUCGGGAGGAUGACUGGUAUGUCAAACUGUCAUAUGGACCUCGAUGGGUCAUCUAUUUUCUUGGAUCAGGUGUGAUGACUGUGCUCCUGUUAAUGGUCUUUAGAUUUUGUAACAUUUUCCAAAAUGCUGGUGAGGAUAGAACAGAUUUUCAAGCAAGGGAGGCAUCACCUGUACGAACCCCGUUGCUUUUACCCAAAGAUGAUGAUGCUUUGAGUUGGGGUUCAUCUUAUGAGUGUAUUUCAAAUGAUGAAGAGGAUUUGGAAGAGUUCCUUGGAGUGAGUUCCGUUGAAGGAAAGUCGAUAAAUGAAAGGAACGACAACAAUACUCAGCGUCUUUGUGUUAUUUGCUUUGAUGGGCCGAGAGACUGCUUCUUUCUUCCAUGUGGACACUGUGCUACCUGUUUUACUUGUGGAACAAGGACUUCUGAAGAGGCUGGAACUUGUCCUAUUUGUCGUAUGAAGAUGAAGAAAGUGAGGAAGAUUUUUUCAGUUUGAGGCUUUGAGCUGUGUAAAUAUGUGAGCUUUGUCCUUACUUUUUUGUGUACAAUUCAUGAGCUUUGGUUUUUAGAUGGAGCUUUUGUGAAGGCUGUGAACAUUUUGCAGUUUCUUUUCUAUUGAUCUGAGUUUUGGGGUUUUUAUCUGUAUCAUUGUAGCUUGAGUUUGAAAAUGUAAUCACAGAUGUAAUUGUUUAUAAACUGAAAUUGAUAUUUGUACAAUUCAAAAGUCUACAAUCUCUUCUCACUCAA